GAAUCACAACAAACGUCCGAAGAACAAAAAGCCCAUUCGCCAACACGACACACAGAUUCGUGCAAUAAAAAUGAGAAAGUCUCAGCUCACCUGAGUUCGCCGGAGCAAUAUCCUACUUUUCUCCGGUCGGCAUACCGCCGUCGCACGAUCCAAAUCUCCCAACCACUGAAAUGAAGUUGCACUUUCCUUCUGAUUUGUUGCAACAAUGCAACAACAAUAAAGAUGGAAGAAGUUUCUCUCAACAAUGAGCAAGUCCUUGUGGGUCAAGGCAGUGAGACACCACAUGAAGGAGACGCUGAGAGGACAGAGUUAGAUGGUCAAAAUGGUAUUCCUCAAGGAAGGAAGGAAUUUGUUGCACCAGCCGUGGGAAUGGAAUUUGAAUCAUAUGAUGAUGCUUACAACUAUUAUAAUUGUUAUGCUAGGGAAGUGGGAUUCCGUGUGAGAGUGAAAAAUUCGUGGUUCAAACGAAAUAGUAGAGAGAAGUAUGGGGCAGUACUUUGUUGCAGCAGCCAGGGUUUCAAAAGAAUUAAAGAUGUAAACCAUCUACGGAAAGAAACAAGAACUGGCUGCCCUGCAAUGAUAAGGAUGAGGCUAGUGGACUCUAGAAGGUGGAGAGUACUUGAAGUUACACUUGAACACAACCAUUUGUUAGGUACAAAAAUCUAUAAGUCAAUUAAGAAGAUGAACACUGGAACCAAGAGGAAGCUGCAGUCAAACUCUGACGCAGAAGUACGGACAAUCAAGUUGUACCGGGCACUUGUAAUUGAUGCAGGAGGUAAUGGGAACUCAAAUUCUAAUGCAACAGAAGUCAGGAAUUAUUCUGAUCAUCCAAAUCAGUUGAUCUUGAGAAAAGGUGAUACUCAAGCCAUUUAUAACUACCUCUGUCGUAUGCAAUUGACAAAUCCAAAUUUCUUUUACUUGAUGGAUCUUAAUGAUGAAGGGCGUGUGAGGAAUGCGUUCUGGGUUGAUGCCAGGUCCAGGGCUGCAGGUGGUUACUUUAGUGAUGUAAUAUUUUUUGACAAUACUUAUUUGUCAACUAAACAUGAGAUCCCACUCGUGACGAUUGUUGGGAUAAAUCACCAUGGUCAAUCUGUUUUACUGGGUUGUGGCCUGCUUGCAGGCGGGACAACAGAGUCCUAUUUGUGGAUGUUCAAAGCAUGGGUCAGUUGCAUGCCAGGAUGCUCUCCACAAACCAUUAUUACAGACAGAUGCAAGUUUUUGCAGAGUGCAGUUGCUGAGGUUUUUCCAAGAUCUCAACAUCGUUUUGGUUUGUCACACAUCAUGAAAAAGGUCCCAGAGAAAUUGGGAGGACUGCACAAUUAUGAUGCCAUUAGAAAGGCAUUGAUUAAAGCAGUUUAUGAGACUUUAAAACCGUUCGACUUUGAAGCAGCAUGGGGAUUUAUGAUCCAGCGCUUUGGAGUUGGUGAGCAUGAGUGGCUCCGGUCUUUGUAUGAAGAUCGAGCUCGAUGGGUUCCAGCGUAUUUAAAAGACACAUAUUUUGCUGGAAUGGCUGCUGCACGGCCCGGUGAGAUCCUGAAUGCAUUUUUUGACAGGUAUGUGCACAAACAAACUCCUUUGAAAGAAUUUCUCGACAAGUAUGAAUUAGCUUUACAAAAAAAGCACAAGGAAGAAGCACUUGCAGAUAUGGAGUCUAGAAACUCAAGUCCCACCUUGAAAACAAGAUGUUCCUUUGAGUUUCAACUGUCCAAAGUGUAUACAAGAGAAAUAUUCAAGAAGUUCCAAAUCGAGGUGGAGGAGAUGUACUCUUGUUUCAGUACAACACAAUUACACAUUGAUGGACCAAUUAUAAUAUUCUUGGUGAAGGAGCGUGUUUUGGGAGAGGGAAAUAGGAGGGAGAUCAGGGAUUAUGAAGUUCUGUACAAUAGAGCGGCAGCAGAGGUUCGUUGCAUUUGCAGCUGCUUUAACUUCAAUGGUUAUCUAUGCCGGCAUGCAUUAUGCGUGCUCAACUUCAAUGGGGUGGAAGAGAUCCCUUCUAAGUACAUUCUUUCACGGUGGAAAAAGGAUUACAAGCGUUUAUAUAUUCCCGAUCUCGGUUCCAAUAAUGUCGAUGUUACUGACCGGGUUCAAUGGUUUAAUCAGUUAUAUAGAAGUGCUUUGCAAGUUGUAGAGGAAGGGGUAAUUUCCCUUGACCAUUACAAGGUUGCUCUACAAGCAUUCGAAGAGUCGCUGAAUAGGGUUCAUGAUGUAGAAGAAAAGCAGGAAUAACAUAAAAUGAUUGUGAGUUUCUCUGUAACUAAACUGUUACCAUUCCUUUCUAUCCUCUCCUGUUGUUGAGGGAAUGACUCCAGCUGUUCUUGUGCAUAAUGUAUUAUUCUUCACGAAGCGAAUUGCGACUGCUUUAUCAAUAUGAAAAAAAUAAAAAAAAAUAGGAUCAGUUUUCAUCCAUUA